GUAUAGACAGACUCUAAACGAGCUGACCAAAGCCCUGAUUCAAGGCAAACAUGAGGAAAAGCAACAUAUUGCCACGCUACAAGAGAAAAUCCAGACCAUAUCUCGGAGAGCCUCUGCUGCUGAGCAUGCUCUGGCCAUGGAGAAGAAUGAGGCAGCGCUACUCCGCCAGAGGAUUUUUCAACUAACCUCUAAGAAGCUGAAAAUAGGAAAACCUGGGUUCCUGAUCAAGACCAUCCCCAAGCCCCCGAAAACAACCAAGACCAACAAACCCUUCUUGAAAACCUGCAAAGUUCUGAAAGCUUUCAAAGCACUAAUGAAGAUAUGAAGGCAAUGCAUACAAUUGUACAUUUGGUGCAAUUAUUCUCAGGACACGGGGUGAAGCAGAGUACAAUAAAUAAAUCCAGAUGCCUUAUUCCAUCAAACAACUGCAAGAAGUCUUCUUUAAAAUCAACCAAGCUAAAUUGGACACGUGUUUUAUGUCAUUUAUAUGGUAGGUCUCAUUAGAUAUCAUCCAACUCUUUAAAAAUGCCUUUGUAUGCAGAUUUCUGCUCUGUUUCCAUUAGGUAAGAUACAACUCCAUGGGGCUUACCUGCCAAGACCUCCAUGGAAGCCACAUAUCCCAUCAAUUACCAAAGCCAAAUGUUUCUCUUCUCUCUAGAAGAGGAAUGGUUUGGAGCAACCCAUCCUGGAGUGGGAUGGGAGCUCACUCUCCCUGCUGCCCUGGUUGUUUUUGGUGUGAUAUUACUAUGGAGGACCGUCCUUGCGAUCAAAAGCAGGAUACGUCUAUUGACUGAGACACAGCUAAACGUGAAACUCGCCCAGCUAUCGAAAAACAAAUGUGACAUAAUGAUUCAAUUGUCUGAAAUGGAGAUACUGUUGAAGGACUAUGACGCACCAGUGAAAAGGUUGCGGGCAUGCCUGCAGUCCUCUCAAGAGGAUAGUCAGGAGCUGGAGGAUAUGAAGAAACAAUGGGACAUCAGAGCUGGAGAAAUGGAGGCAUUUCAUCUCCAGCUCCAGGAGCGUGUUGAACGCAUACAGAAACUGAAAGCUGUUUGGGGACCGAUGGAACCACUUAAAGAGCAUCACGGUGGGGAUGCCAGGAUCCCUAGUGCCACCAACACCCAAUCUACCGUUACAGAGAUCAAGAGUGAGGAAAACAUUGAGAUCGAGGUCACUGUGAUGAAGGAUGCAAGCUUAAAUCUUCUACAGAUCAACACCACAGUGGAGGAGGUGAACAGGGGUCUUCAGGACAAAAAUUGUCAGCUUGAAGAGAAGAAUGCCGCUCUACAUCAAAAACUCCACAGCACUGAGAAGAUGUAUAGACAGACUCUAAACGAGCUGACCAAAGCCCUGAUUCAAGGCAAACAUGAGGAAAAGCAACAUAUUGCCACGCUACAAGAGAAAAUCCAGACCAUAUCUCGGAGAGCCUCUGCUGCCGAGCAUGCUCUGGCCAUGGAGAAGAAUGAGGCAGCGCUACUCCGCCAGAGGAUUUUUCAACUAACCUCUAAGAAGCUGAAAAUAGGAAAACCUGGGUUCCUGAUCAAGACCAUCCCCAAGCCCCCGAAAACAACCAAGACCAACAAACCCUUCUUGAAAACCUGCAAAGUUCUGAAAGCUUUCAAAGCACUAAUGAAGAUAUGAAGGCAAUGCAUACAAUUGUACAUUUGGUGCAAUUAUUCUCAGGACACGGGGUGAAGCAGAGUACAAUAAAUAAAUCCAGAUGCCUUAUUCCAUCAAACAAC